CAGCAGUUUGUAUUCUAACUAGUGUUAUUAUUUAUUUUAAAAACAAUUUUUUUUCUCUUCCCGUAGUUAGAUGAACUCGGAAGUCUAGCAAUUAUAUUUUAACCACAACUCCGAUUGUGCUGUGUCGAUUCGCCAUAUAAUGACGUUUGGGUUGUUACGUUUCAGUUUGUACACCAAACUAAAAUUGCCCAUUCAUUGUCGACAUAGUUUUACAGUAAACAUCCCUUGUAACGGCAUAAGAAAGCCGCUGUUCAACGAAACUGUACGAUGGUUGAGCACCAAAAACACUGUUCCGAAGCAGACCAAAAAAUUAUUCUCUGAGUCUAAGGUUCUCAGGCUGUAUUCGCUCGCAAAACCGGAAAAAAACAGACUUAUAUGUGCUGUAUGUUUUCUAUUAGUGUCGAGUGCCGUUACUAUGGCCAUUCCAUUUUCCUUCGGACGGAUUGUUGACAUAAUUUACAAGUCCAAUGUUUCAGAAGCUCAAGCUAAACUGAUCACAAUAUGUGCAAUACUGCUACCCGUGUUCAUAGUUGGUGCUAUGUGUAAUUUUGGUCGUAUUUAUUUAAUAAACACUUCUGGUUACAAAAUAACCAAAAGACUUAGAGAAUUAUUAUUUAAAGCUCUAUUGUCGCAAGAAACAGCAUACUUUGAUCGUCACAAAACUGGAGAACUUAUUAAUCGACUAUCAUCUGAUUGUUUGCUUGUGAGUCAAACUGUAACUACUAACAUUUCUGAUGGAUUACGUUCUACUAUAAUGGUAGUCAGUGGCAUUUCUUUUAUGUUUUUUGUAUCUCCAAAAUUAGCUUUGGUUGGCUUAUCCAUAGUACCUCCAGUUGCUGCCUUAGCUGUAAUUUAUGGACGUUUUGUGCGAAAGAUAACACGAUCUGUGCAGGAUUCAUUAGCAGCUUCAAAUCAAGUGGCUGAAGAAAGAAUAUCAAAUAUCAGAACAGUAAAAGCUUUCAGUCAGGAGAAAAAAGAAAUGGGUUAUUAUGGAGAAAAAAUGAACGAAGUAUUGCAACUUUCUAUUAAAGAAUCAUUAAUGAGAGGAUUGUUUUUUGCUAUGACAGGUUUUUCUGGUAAUUUCAUCAUUAUAUCAGUGCUAUAUAGUGGUGGAUUGUUGGUUAGUGAACAAGCCAUUAGUGUUGGUGAACUGAGUUCAUUUUUAUUGUAUGCAGCUUAUACAGGUGUGUCUAUUGGUGGUCUAUCUACAUUUUAUUCUGACAUCAAUAAAGGUUUGGGUGCAUCAUCUAGAAUAUGGGAAAUCAUUGAUCGUAAACCAUCCAUACCUAUUUCCGGUGGGUUAAAACCAUUAACUGAUCCUAAAGGUGAUUUAAGUUUCCGGAAUGUUGUAUUUAACUACCCGAAUCGACCAGAUGCGCCCAUUCUUAAUGGUCUGAACUUAGAAAUACCUAGUGGUAUGGUGUACGCAUUAGUUGGUCAUAGUGGUAGCGGGAAAAGUACAUUAGGUCAUUUAUUAUUACGACUUUAUGAUCCUCAAAAUGGUGAAAUUUGUUUAGAUAGUACAAACAUAAAAAUGUAUGAUCCAAUUUGGUUACAUAGUCAUAUUGGAGUUGUUAGUCAAGAACCAAUUUUGUUUUCUGGAACAGUUAGAGAAAAUAUUGCUUAUGGUCGUGAAGACUUCACUGAAAAUGAAAUAAUUGAUGCAGCUAAAGAAGCAAAUGCAUAUGAAUUUAUUGUACAAAAGUUUCCUGAAGGAUUUAAUACAAUUGUCGGAGAACGUGGUGUUCUUUUAUCUGGUGGCCAAAAACAGAGAAUAGCUAUUUCAAGGGCAUUACUAAAAAAUCCUAAAAUUUUAUUAUUAGAUGAAGCUACAAGUGCCUUGGAUGCUGAGAGUGAAAAGUUAAUUCAAGAAGCAUUGCAAAGAGUUUUAAAAGGAAGAACUGUAUUGACCAUUGCGCAUAGAUUAUCAACCAUUAAAAACGCAGAUAAACUGGCUGUACUAUUUAAUGGAAAAAUCGCUGAAUUGGGUUCAUAUGAAGACUUAAUAUCAUUAGAAAAUGGUGUAUUUAGAAAACUUAAUAAAAAUCAAAUAUUAACAAGUUAAGAUUGAUUAUAAACAAAUUAUAAAACAUACACAUGAUGU